AUGCUCUCUCUAGUAUCUCCCGGCACGGUCGUGUUCGGCAUGAUCAUCCUGUCGCUUCCACUCCACCCCACUCUUGCCGCGCCACUUCUCAAGCCCCGCGACGUCCACCCUGGUGGAGUCAACUCCUGUUCAGACGUGGGUGUUAUCUUCGGUUCUAGUACAGGCUCCGCUCACGAUCAUGGGUGUUUUACACCCUCUCCGUCUAGUGGGGGGAUCGUUGAGCCCCGCUCGGAGGCAGCGCGUACCGGAUGGCCUGAUGCCGAUAGUACAGGCUCCGGUGACGACCAAUCCGACAACACGGGCAACAACGAUGCUACUAGGGAAGAGCAAGGACACAGUAACGAGAAGAUGGUGCCCAGUCCACUCACUGGAGACUGGGCGUGGAGCUAG